AGUGGACAGCCUGGGACGGAGGCGUGGGCACUUCGAAGGAACUAGCGCCCGGCUGCCGAGAUGGCGGCGCCGCAACCGUGCGCGGAUGGCUCCUGCUGCUCACACCCCGGGGCUGUGCCCGGGGCACAGCAGACGCUGGAGGAGAUGGACUUCGAGAGGGGAAUCUGGUCGGCAGCCCUGAAUGGAGACUUGGGCCGAGUGAAGCAUUUCAUCCAGAAGGCCACUGACCCUAGCCAGCCUGACUCUGCUGGCUACACAGCACUGCACUACGCUAGCCGCAAUGGGCACUAUGCUGUUUGCCAAUUUCUGCUGGAAAGUGGAGCAAAGUGUGAUGCCCAGACCCACGGGGGUGCCACAGCUUUGCACAGGGCCAGCUACUGUGGGCAUACAGAAAUUGCACGAUUACUGCUGUCCCACGGGUCCAACCCCCGCUUGGUCGAUGACGAUGGCAUGACCAGUCUACAUAAGGUAUGUCCCUACAUUCCCAGCUCUUCGUGCCUCUGUCUCCACAGGCUGCAGAGAAGGGUCACGAGGACAUUUGCUCUCUCCUGUUACAACACAGCCCAGCCCUGAAGGCUGUCCGGGAUCACAAAGCACGCCUAGCAUGUGACCUGCUGCCCUGCAACAGUGGCCUGCGGGACCUGUUGGCCAGCUGAGGCUCCACCUCCUGUCUCUGGCUGCCCUUGAAGGGUACACAGACUAGCUCUUCACACCCCUGCCUUGCUCAGCAUCAUGCUGUUGGAUGGAACCAGGGCCAAAAUGCCUGUAAGAGCCCCUGUCUGGCCAGUGGGGAGGCUUGGGAGGGCUUUGAAGGCUGUGAGCCUGGACAGGUGAUCGUGUAAGUUAGUCCUUGUUGAAAUAGCUAUCCAUUUGGAAGAAAAUAAAGCUUAUAUCUUGACAUCA